AUGUUUAGGAUGAUGAGUUUCACAGAGACUCAAACGCCAGAUGAUUAUCCGAAUCUGGACAUGUCUUACAAUUCUCCUCCGGCCCUUGCUCAAGAAUGCAAAAGCUUCAAAUGGAAAGUACAAGUGAUAGAUUCUGUUGGAAUGAUUGAAGACAACAUGCUGACAACCAAAGAUGUUUGGAAAUUACAAAAUCACCAAGUGAUUGUUCACUUUGAUGAAGAGACAGGACAACCAGAUGAAGAUUCUGGAGGGUUGCUUGGAUCAUGGUUAGGUCAGCUGAGUACUGACGUAAAUUUGUUACCCAUAAACUACAAUGAUUGGAGAGCGUUUCCUCUUCACAGAAAAGAUUUGGCAUGGGAAGUAAUCAAGGCAAAGUUUUGGUUUGAUGAUCCGCUCAUAAGAAGAGAUUAUGUCAUAAGUAUUUUAGGGAGCAGAUGCAAGGAUUUAAAAAGACGUCUUUGGAGGGAUUACAAUCUGAAUGGUCGAACUGAAACCGUAGAGAAUCGUCCAACUAAUGUGCCUGCAGAUCAGUGGCGUGACUUUGUCUAUUUUAGGUUCACCGAUAAGUGGAAGAAAGAUAAGACUGGUAGAAUUCCAUGCCGGGCAGAGUUCUUCAUUGCGACACGCACGAAAACUGAUGGAAAUUUCGUAACUGAUGAUGCUAAAAAGUGUGCGGAUCAGCUUACUCCUUUGUUAAACCAAAGGUCAUCAACUCAAGUUUCAAGCAAUGUUGCAGCUAGUUUGAAUGAUGAAUAUUCUCAAGUGUUUGGUCCAGAAUGUUCAGGAAGAAUUCGUUGUCUUGGUCGAGGACCAACGCCUUCCAAGUUGAUCAAGCGUUCCAACCAAGCAAGAUAUGAGGCAUAUGAAGCUGCUAAUGCUGAAGUUGUUCAAAUGAAGACAAAGAUGACAUCAUUGGAAACCCAAGUUGAAAGUUUAACUGGAAUUAUUCAACAGCUGCUUGGUAACAAAACCAGCGAUCAGGAAAGUGCAUUGGCUGCUUAUGCAAAUAUACUGAACCCUCGAGCUCGCACUACUCAGGGAAAUUUGUUUGGACAAGGAGAAGGAGAUGGACGUGAUGAAGACUGA